GUUACAAGAGGCAUUAUUAUUGAAAUUAAAGAGUGUUUUGGUGUGUUUUUGUUUUGUUUACAUCGAGCAAGGUUAGCGCCUGCGCAGAGGCCCUUCAUCGGGUAUUUCUCAGCUGUUCUGCUCGGAGCACACAAAUUCAGGAAAUAUAAUGCUCCAUACAAGAAUGCAUUAAUAUAAGAAUAUACACAAUUUGUCUUGGUGCCAAACAUUUUGUGGAGAUAAAAUCGAUAUAUCCAAUUAUUUUUAUAAUUUAUACGUAGGGGCUGUUGUUUAAUUGGAAAAAAUUGUAGCUAUAACAAUAAAUUAUCCGAAUUUCUAUUCUCGAACAGCGUGUAUCUGCGUUAUGGGCAAAACAUCAAAUUUACACUCAAGAGGAGGGUUUAACAUGGCGACCAUCGCGCAAGAAACACAAAGGCUUGACAUUUCACAAAGAAUCGUUCGUCGCAUGGUGUGAACUGAGCGAAUUUACCAUAACGCACAUUUUUAAAAAGGAUUUUUCCACCAUACUGAAUCACUAUGUUGACUUAAUAGUGUAUAAUUUAACCAGCAGGAGGAAUAUCCUUUCCUCCUCAAUUGUGCGAUUUCACAUGAGUAGAAAUAGAAGUAUUAGAAGAGAAAGAAAGAAAAGAAAGAAAACAGCUGCAUGAUUUCGCGCGUGAAGCUCCUAGGCAUAUUCGAGCAAUUAAAGUGAAUAAAUUCACUUCAUUUAUAAGCAUCCAAAUCUUAGUUAGCACUAGUUCUGGUGUUGAGACAAAACAAGGCGUGAAUGUCAGCAGCUACUGUCACAAUCAGCAUUAUGCCUGUAAGACACCAUGGGCCCUGUGGUGUCAAUACUAACUGGAUAAGUAAGUCUUUUAAAAAGAGAGUUUUCAUGUUAUUUCGUUAGUAUUGUAAAGUCUUUUUCCAAUGUUUUUUGACUGAUUAAAAAUAUCAAACAUUUUUAGGACUAACAAUUUUUUUAAAAAAUUGAUUGUUAAAAGUCAAGGCCAAGAGCCAAAUAUUAAAUUGAUUAAUAAAUUAAUAUUAAAUUAAUAACUAGUACUAGUACUAGUAGGCCUAAGUUAGCAAGUCUAAGCCAUAUGCCUUAUUAUUUAAAUUCAGUUACUUAGUAUCAAGUUUGUUGAGACUUUUCUUACCAGUCAUCAUGACAUAUUUGUCCAUUGAUUUAAAUAUAUUAUAUGCUAAAUUAAUUUUGUUGUAAACUUUGUUGAAUGGCUGCACAUUAUUAUCCUUAUGUAUUAUUGUCUUUGCAAAGUGGUUGGCCCUUUGUUAGGUUUUCAGUCAGGUAUUGUGGUCCCAAAUGUCAAAUUGUUACAAUUGUAUACUUUUUAUUAAAAAGUGCCUGGCUACCAACCUAAUAGCUGUCAAUAAUUGGUGACGUAAUUCAAUUGUCAACUAAGUAAUUGUUUACUUCUAAUUUUGUUUGCUGACUAAUUAUAAAAAUUCUAUGAUGAGGGCAAGGGGCUACAACUGCAAUUGUUAUUUUAGGCUGUAGUUGUAGCCAUAUGACACAUGCCAUUGAUGUGCAUUUGAAUGAAUAUAUUUAUUAUUUAGAUAUAUUGCUUUGAUUUCUAAUGUAAUUAUUUGCUAUGUAGGCUUAAAAUGUAAUUGAGGGGCUGGCAAACUUUUACUGCUGUGCGCUGGAUUCAAGAAGCAUAGGAGCCAUAAAUGGUGAAAAGGGGGGGGGGGAUUUACCCAAAUCAUGGGGAAUUUAUUAUUUCACCAAAAAAGCAAAACAACCCAUAGAGACAUAGAGUAGUCUGAGAAGUAAAAACUCGAAUCAAAAAAUUAAAUUUCAUUUUUUAUGCUAUGUAGGCUUAAAAUGUAAUUGAGGGGCUGGCAAACUUUUACUGCUGUGCGCUGGAUUCAAGAAGCAUAGGAGCCAUAAAUGGUGAAAAGGGGGGGGGGAUUUACCCAAAUCAUGGGGAAUUUAUUAUUUCACCAAAAAAGCAAAACAACCCAUAGAGUCAUAGAGUAGUCUGAGUAGUGAAAACUCGAAUCAAAAAAUUAAAUUUCAUUUUUUUUUCCUUCUGUUUUUAUGAUUAUUUAAUUUUUUUUUUUUAAGGGGGCUUGAGCCAUUCAAAAUGUUGGCGUGAGCCACAAUUGGCUCACAAGACAUAGUUUUCCCACUCCUGAUGUAAUUGUAGAUGCUCGUGAUCCAUCCAUCCAUCCAUGUGGCGCUACAGUAUAAAGCUUUGGCCUGCGUCACUACUUCCUUCCACUCAGACGUAACUAAUGCCUUUCUCUUCCAUGCUUGGAUUCCCAGUUGUUGUAGAUCUUUAUCCACAUCCAUCCAUGUAAGCCUAGGUCUGCUUUUGAACCGUUUUCCUCUGUGGUUUUGAUCGUGAACCCUCUUCACUCCUCUCACAUUUGGCAAUUGUUAUUGUUAAAUGAAAAAAAAACCCUACCUUUUAAGUUAAAGAAAGCAGUGACAGAAUGUGAUAGACUUGAAAACCAGAGGUUUCAUCUCUAGGAACAGAUAUAGGAUUUUCUGGCAAUAUAUGCUUUUUUCUCACAAUAGUUUAAAAAAAAGUUUUAAAAAAAAUUAACUAUCAUUUUAAAAUAUAUUUUAAACCAGAACUGCAAUGGAUCUUGGGUUGACUCAGCCUCAAUUUGGCUGAAUCUAUUAACUUUUAAGUGCCAACAUGGCUUUGGAGCAAGCAUUUUGGGAGUGUUCAUCUUUAUGAUAUUACUUCUGGACCUCAACUCCAGAUAAUUAUUAUUUUUUUAGGGGGUUGUCUGGGAUAGGGGUCCUGAAGACAGUUGGGGAGAGAGUUAGGGGUAAUGGAUACAGUUAAGUGUGGAAAAUUUGUCUAUGCUAGGGUAGAGAUUCUGGUUCUGGUAUGGUACAUUGCUGAAUCCAUAUACUGGCAUAUGUGCAACGGUUGGGGUAACCUAACGGCUCCUAGCGGAUGCCAGGCCAACUUUGAAGCUCUUGAUUGGUGUUGACUCCACGGCAGCAUUGUCCAGGUGCUUCCAAGCGGUUAUUGUGCAUUGGAAAAAUGAUUGUUUAUAUCGGACUGUGCUACACUGAGGCAUAGUGAAGCAUUUAAUAACUUAAGGGGUUGUUAGAGAUGAAGUCAGUGUUCAGUGUUUAGUGAGCAUUUGGCUUUUGUGGGGUGAGAUACAUGUUUGCUGGGAUGGCCGGCACUAGCCCCAUGACCACUUUAUAUAGGAAUGUUAGGCGGAGCUUUUCUUGUCUGUCUUUGAGGGAGGUGAUGUCAAAUCUUUUUAAGAGGCCAGUUACGAAGCCAGGAGUGGUGGAUUUGUAGUCACAUGCGAUGAAGCGCACUGCUUGAGGUGGUCUGGUCAACAUCUUCUUGUUUUUUUUUUCCAAAUCAAUUGGGAAUUAUCCACACUGAUUACAUUUUAAAAAAUAUUUUAUAUCCACACUGAUUAGAUUUUAAAAAAUAUUUUAAAUAUAAGGGUAUAUGAAAUAAACCCUUAAUAAAAUAUUUUAAACAGAAUAAAUUAACAUUUUUCUUUGUUUACUAAUUAGAGUCUGGCACAAAACAAUUGCAAAGAAAACUAAAAUCAGCUGAUUAUGUAAACCAAAAAUUAAAAACAAAUAAAGCCAAAAAUCGAUUGGAAAAUAAAAAUAUCAUUCAAUAUUGUAAGAAUGUAACUGGCAUCCUUUUAAUUAAUUGCUCAAUAUAUUUGUUCAGAUUAUUUAGAAAUGUGUGGUUAAGUAGACUUUCAUUUUUUGAAAUGGGUCUUGUGGAGUUAUAGAAACAUCCACGUCUUCAUCCAUUUCAUAUUCCUGUGUUUCCCAAUCAUUCAUAUAAUCACUUAUCAAAGCAGCUAGCUCGAUUCUAGUGUCGAGAAAAGAACAAAAUGGUAGACAUAAACUCAUCUCGCUGCAUUCUUUUAAAAACAUUUUUUUUUUUAAAAUGUAUGAAAUAUUACAUUUGGAACUUAAAUUUUUAUAAAUCAAAUCCCUUUUCUCAUAAUAAUAAUAUUUUUUAAAAAAAACUAUAUCAAAAUUAAUAAAAAAAAAAGAUUAGCGAAAACACCAGAUUUUUCUUUAGUUGGAUUGCACAGAGUUAAUGAAGAGUUUCAUUAUCCAGUUCUUUGACUUUGAUUUCAAUGCACUCAGACCUUUUGACAGAUCUCAUUUUUUAACUUUCUAUUAAAUUAAUGAAGCCUUUAAAAUAUUUAACUUUAGUUUGUUUGGUAAUUAAUAAAUAUAUAUUUGUCAACUUCUUCUGUAUGAACAUCGUACAAAAAUGACUUAAAACGCACAGACAGUUUUUGGAUCUUUUGCACAUAAGACUAGCUGAGUGGCUUUGACAGGAGGUUGGCCAGUAGUUUGAUGGUUUUGCCACUUAUUAAUAUUAGAACAUUCACCUCUUUGAACAUUUUUAUUUAUUAAAACCUUACACUAUCUUGAAGCACAACUGACAGAUAUGUAAUAUUACUGUAUAUGUAACAAUAAUACAAAAGUUUAAAUUAUGAAAAAGGGCCCAUUGUCAUAAAAUGAAAUGGAAAACUCAUAAGACAAAGUUUAGGAAUAACAUUAAUUUAUUUGGAUACUGGUGAUGAUGCCUUAGGAGAACAACAUCUGUGCAUUGAAUGGGCAUUGUUUUACAUUUGUGAUGUACAGACCUUACAUUAACUAGAUAUAUUUCAAGAAUAAAAGUGUCUUCACUGUAUACAUUUGUUUUCAUAUAAAUAAAUUGUCUACACUUAAUGUGGUAAAAAAAAUUUUUUAAUGCAAUUUUUAUUUUUAAAGUAACCAAUAGAGCAUGAUGCAGACCUAUUAACUCUUAAGAUUUUGGCGUACAAUGUAUGAUUUUGAUAUAUAUUUUAUGAUUGUACACAAAGACCUGUCAAAACUAUAGUUUAGGAAAUGGGGUAAAAAUGUUUAAAGAAUAUAUUCCGGUGAUUUAAAAAUUAAAAAACACAACAAAAACCAAGUUUUCAGUUGUUAGUUUUAGCUCCUGGAUAGAGAAAUAUGAUUGGGUGGCGACUAUCCAUAAUAAUUAUAUUACUUAUGCACUGAGAGGGGGUUUUAGCUCCUGGAUAGAGAAAUAUGAUUGAGUGGCGACUAUCCAUAAUAAUUAUAUUACUUAUGCACUGAGAGGGGAAGGGUGGGGAUUUUGACGCAAGUGUACAUGGGAGGGGUAGGGGGAGGUGUCUAAAUAUUUUUGAAUGCUAUAAAAUAGCACCACCAUGCUUUGUAAUGAUCAACAUUGUUGCUUUGUGUUUUCACAAUGAACUCCUAGAUGCAGCAAUUAGAUUUAGCGUACUGGCACUAGUGAACAUUGGCCUUUGUUUGCUUGGAUGUGGAUGACAUAAUUUUGGGAGAUACUUAUCUCGUUCUUUAGCUGAACGGGGCUAAUUCAAAAAGGGAGAAGAAAACUAUGGAUUUAAAAAAAAUGAAUUAUCAACUGCAGCCAUAGAUUUUUGACAUACUUUAUAAGAUCUAUUAUUAAGCAGCCUUUAAAAUCUAUGAAUUAGAAGUCACUAAGCAACUGUCCAAUUUUAAUAAACCAGCACUCCCCUUCUCCCAAUACAGCUUGUUUUGGUUAUGAAAGGAGGGGUGGGCAACCCAUCGGGGGGGGCCGGCCAAGUUCAAUAUUGUGACCUGCCUGAUGUAUCACAAAUGAACUUAUUUCUUUCUUCAAUUAGCGAUUAUUUUAAUUUUUAGCAUAAAGGCACAUUUGAAUUGUAUAUACAUCAUUUUUUGGAGACGUACACACCCCUUUUUUUGACUGAUUGAAAUAAGUAAUAAAUUACAAAACAAUUUACCAUUUUUUGGUAAUGACUAAAGUAAAAGGGAUUUAUAUAAAUCUGAGUAAGGGGAAUCUAGUAUUAAGUAUUGUUUAUCAGCACAUGUGAAGAUGACUAAGGCUUUGAAUUGAGUAGUAGAUAUGAUUUGGGCUGUAUUUUGUUUAAAUUCAGGGAGAGUUGCUCAUUUCGUUAGCAUCACCCUCUAGUCCUGCCUAUUUGCUUCAAUGGCAAGACUUUGUCAAAACGACUAAAAAUAGAUCAGGAUGCAGUACCAGCAGUGUUUUUUAUUUUGGGUUUCGCUUUGCUCUUUGUGCGUUCCAUGGAGGCAGGAGUUGCUAAAAUUUUCAUAAUGUCAAUGUCAUACCACAUACAAGACUCCAUUCCGGGUUUCAAUUCAGUGUUUUCCUUCUCUUGGAUAUUCAAGGUUAAGGAGUCCCAUUCCCUCUGGGUGUUUUGGUGUUUUUGUUUGUCUUUGCCCUUUGAUUGGGAUUGAACUCCAGUGUUACGCACUGCCUUCUAUUGUGAGAAAUUGAUCUCUUGUUUUCAGUUAUGGCUCGUUCAAACAGUGCCUAACAAAGGACGAUAUCUUAGAUAAAUGCAAUAAAACUGAUACGACAUCCAUAACAGUACCAAUUACAAUUAAUAAUAUUUAAUUUAGUAAUAAUACAAUUACAAAAGAAAUAUAAUUACAAAUCAUCAACUUACAGAGUAAGUGAAAAUCUUGUAUCGGUACACAGUUAUUAGUACAAAGUGCCAAUUAAUAAUGAUGAAUACGAAAUAAACACAUAUGAGCACACAAAGAAUAAUACAAUUGUCUCGUAAAGUUAAUAAUAUCUAAUCUGAAUCUCCGUCUCUCUCUCUCUCUGUGCCUGUCAGUCCCUUAUAUAUGUGGGUCUAACCGAUACGUCUAGAAACGCCCUUACUUUUCUAAUACAAUCGAGAACGUUCCAAAAGAUACUAGUAGACUUACUAACCAUGUUUAAUUGGAAGUCGGUAGUAAACACGAUGCAUCAAAGAGAUAAGCCACGCCCAUCUAUGUACGUAGCGUGUGCUAGGAAUCUAAUUUGGGUCAAGCAAAGUUCACGCACUGGGAAAAGUUUCCUACAUAACAUCCGGUUUACUUGGGAUUGACUAAUUUUAGACUGCUCGGCCACCCAGCACCUCUGGGGAACCUCAUUUUCCCACAAGCAUUACGAUUAAGUGAAGAAUGAUGCAAAAUUAUUUUCAGGUAUGCGCUUAAUUUCAUCCCUACGUUUUGAAGUUAAAAAAGUGCCCCUUGUCUUUGUGAAGUAAAUGAGAUUUUAUAGUUUAAUUCACCAUUAAUGUCCUUUCUAAAUAGGACUUUGGCCCCCCUGAUUUGGGCUCUGCCCGAGGGCAACAAGCACCAAGGACGAUGCAUCAUAUAUUCUGGGAACCACUGGGCUCGCCGAAAAGCGAUCCAUGAAAACCCAUGAAACCUUUUUGUUCACUGUAACAUCAUAAAAAUAUAAAAAUUAUUGGAGUUUGCUGGGUAGUUGUUUUUUUUCUUUUUGGGUGGGUGGGGGGGGGGGGGGGGGUGUUGAAAGCUCAUUCUAUGUCCACAGAGGUCUCAUAAAAGGGGGAAGGAGGGGGAUGUUUUAAAAUUUGAAUUUUUUGUAUACACACUAUAUAGCUGGCACCUCACCAUGUUUAUUUGCUUCUGUGCUGUAUGGGGUAAUUUUGUGACAUAAUUAUUUCUUACAUAUGAACAGCAGCGAUGGCAGAAACAGAUAAAACUAGAGAAUGCAUUCUCAACUGUUCCACUCAACAACAUUAGAUUUUGACAUGUUAUAGGAUCUGAGAGGGCUUUUGAUAUAUAUUUUUAACCUCCCUCUUCCUUUCACCCAUUUACAGCUUGUGGUAGUUAUCUGUAAUAUGUUAAUGUUAAAUAAACAUAUUGGAUAUUGAUUCUUGGUUGUUGUUUUUUUCUGUUUGUUUGAUCAGCUUUUCCUUAAAAAUAAAUCUUAACUUACUUGGAAAGUUGUUUUUUUUAAAUGAUCCCCUAAUUUAAUCAGUUCUUAUUGUAGUGAAUUUUAUAUUUUGCUGAUCUGAGUUCCAGUUUGAACCACAUUAAAGAUCACUUUAUUUUUACAAGUGUAAUAAUGUGGUCUGCACAUUCACCUAAAUAUAAUUGAUAUCUAUAGCAGAUGCACAUCUACAAAACAAAGGGACCGCAGAUUGCAAUAUGAACGUCAAUCAUCUACUUUUGAUAGUUACCUUUUUAACAUUAGUUCCUCUCUAACCCACUAGACGUGAUGCGAGUAGUCAUUGUAUUCAUUAUAUAUAAUAUAUGUUUAUUUUUGUUUACUUUUAAGAAAGUAUAGUGUACGAUUUUGAGACGAUAUUGUACGAAUUUAGAAGUUUGGGGGUAUACAUGCCUGUUGUACUAUUAUGUGAGUUUCACUGUAACCAGGUCUGAUGAUGAAAUCUUUAAGUUAAAUUAAUCAUGCAUUUAGGAGGUAAUCUGUAUAAAAAAAUAACAGUUUAAAUUGUAAGCCCAAAAUCAGACAUGCAUCAAAAUAAGGUGGAAAGCGGGAGGGGCAAUGGUGAAAACAAGAAAACUGAUUGAGAAAAAAAUAUUUAAAUGCUCUUGUAAGGAAUUGACAAUUUUUUUUACUGGUGCCAUUCAUAGCUGAUCAUUAGAUCUCACACAAGCUCCAAUCACUCUACUUUAUUUAAUUUACCACCACAUUGAAAUAAACACAUUUACGAGAAUUGUGUAGGCUAAUGUGAUCUCUUGAAACAAAAAGAGCUAAAAGCAUUCUUCAACAUGGAGAGUAUAUGCACAUCCUUAUCAAAUUUGGUACCGGUAAUGAUGAAAACAAAAAUGUUGAAUGUUCAAUAAUGAAUCAAAUCAUUUAAAGUUUGCCCUGUUCUCACCCCAGUGAGUGAUGUUUACACAGGGGUGCUCCCAGUGGGCUUAUGCUCUAUUGAUUUGGUCUUUUGAACUGGCCAAGGCUGUCUCUAUGCAGAAUAAUGAAUUUUGUGCUUUUUGGAUUAAUGAUUACUUCCUCUAAAAUUCUUUUUACUCAAGUGCAACUCAGAAAGAAAACCAACGACAUUGCAUGAACAUCAAUAGAUACUAAAUGGUGGAACAAGAUAUGUUUAGGUUUGGGACAAAAAAGGACAGGACAAGUAAACUAACUUUUGACUAAAUUAAUGCUCUCAUCAGCAGACAAUAGAAAAUAAGAAAUAACAAAUUAUUUGAAAUUAAAAAACUUUGUAUCCAGAUCUCAAUAUAGCUCUGUUAGUCUCUGUGUUGAAACUGAAAAGCCUAAUUGUAUCUUGUUCCACUAUUUAUUUGUUUCACUCCAGUUCUUCGCCCCAUUCUCAUGUACUUGAAAGCAUUAUAUAUGAGGGACUGCUUUAAAGCUAUCUAGAUUUAUAUCUAACAUCUGGGUAGCGCUAUUUAUCUUUCAAAGCCGAUUCCCCGACUUAUGUGUCAGAAAAGGUUGAUGUUGGUGCAACCCUAGUAUUGAGUUCACAGGUUUUUUGUUGGAGCAUAUUUCUUAUUUUGUUAACAAUCUAAAAAUUCUUCAACUGUUUGACGUUAUUUUAUUGCUGCUCAGGUUUUUGGUACGAAUAUUGGAAAACUUUGCAAUACCAGUAGUUAUAAAUCAUGUUAAUCUUACUUGAAAAUGUGAAGAAAUUAUUUGGAGUUGAAGAGAAGCUUAUUACUAUUGCAAAAAUAAAAAAUUAGUUAUUCUGGUGGGUGGCAUUGAAGCUUCAAAGCUUUAACAUUAAACACAAUGAGAGUUUUUUUAAAGAGAUUUGUUAUGAAUAUUGGAUAAUGUAUAUGGGGAACGAUUAUUCAUUAUUAGAACAAUUUACAUGCACAAGACGUUCAUCAGCUUGGUACUUGUUUCAUUAGCAGUUGAAAGAGUUUGAAUCAAACUAAUAUAUUUUUGUGAGUGUUGGCGGCAGAAUGUCCGAGUGUUACAUGGCAGAAUGUUUGUGUUACAUAGCAGAAUGUGGGUGUUUCAUGGCCUUUGCUCCGAAAGUUGAUUGUUCAGCAUUCGUCACGCACCAUCUUCAGGGGUCGGACUCGGCAAAGUAAGGCGGAUUAAGUUGUUGGGGAGGACCUGGGGCUGGAGUAGAAAAACCUCAGUACUACAGAAGUUGGCAGAGAGCUCAGUACCACAGAAGUUGGCAGAGAGCUCAGUACCACAGAAGUUUGAUAACAGCAAAUAAAAGGUCUUAGGGUUUUAACAUCUUGAGUAUUUGUCAAUGUGAGAAUGGGGUUUUACAUAAUUUAAUUUCAUGUUUUUGAAAGUUAUGUACUUGGGCUCUGCAUUCAAAUUUUUUACUGUCUCAUGUGAUCUGAUUAAGUAUCAUGCCAAGGUAGACAAUCUUAUUGCAGUUAACAUGUGGCGUGCGGACACAAGCGGUAACAUUUUUUAGAAAGUCCUGCUGCAUGUUUAUUAUUAAGUUUUGAAAAGUAAUUUGCUUUAUUUUAUUGCUGGUUUAUUCUACUUUGCCUAUAUUAUUAAAUGUACAACUAUAAAUCGAUAAAUCAUUUUUUAAAAAGGGGUAAGAAUCAUUCUUUUUUUUUCUUUUGUUUUCUUUUUAUAAAGUUCUAUUUGAACUUGUGACCCUGAUACAUUUUUUUGUUUCCUGAUCCAGGCAUUAUGAAUAUGCCAAACCAAGGUGCACGCCAAGUAUUUCUCUAUGAUCACGGUCGUCCUCACUGGUCACAAGGUGGUCCCCUAUUUUACGAUCGCCGUGUCCCACCUCCACCUCCGCAGAUGGGCAACUUUCCUAACCCUCAAAUACAGGGGCCCUCCCCGCAGUGGGUGAGAGGCCCGUUUGUUGGGGGCCCGGGUCAGGGUCAGAACCAGCAGCAAUUUGACGGAUUCGGCAUCAUACCAUGGGGUAAUCAAGGAAACUUCAAUAACUACAACAGGUAAUUCACACCCAGAUUUUUUUUUCUCCUGUAACAAGUGGUGGUGUAAAUGGUGAGCCAGAUUUGUUUUUGUCAUGUGUAACACAACUACUCUGACAUGGCGUGGGAUCUUAUUUCUUAUGCUGUGGGUUAUGUCAGUAGCACGGUUACUUGUUUUAAGUUAGUAAUUCAGAAUGCCGGCUAAGACUUCAUCGUUCUUCCUCGUAUUAUCCAGGCACAUAAAUAAGAAUACUGAAUCCUGGUUAAACUGACAGUACUUUAUUAAAUCACAGUUUACACAGAUAAUAUUAAUAAUAAUCCUGCAUGAAUGUAAUCAUUUCACAUAUAUAUAUAUAUAAUAUUCCAUCACUCAGAAAGACACGUCCUCACACUGCUAUAACUCAGCUCAACUGUACUACAUCUCAACUCUAACUCAACUCCGACUAACUCUGACUCUCCUUGCGCUCAGCUCUCCUUAUCUCAGUCAACUCAUACUUUAUUACCAGCAAAGCGUGGAAAACAACCGCUCUGACAAAAACAUAAUUUUACUCUCCAAAAACGUGGAGCUCACAUUGUCCUCUCAAAAUACAUGGUCAAAACAAUUCACUGUUCACUCAUGCUACCUCUCUGUUUUCAUGUGAAAACAUUGUCCGUUACAUCAUGUAACAAGUGAUGGUGUAAAUGGAGAGCCAGAUUUAUUUUGUCAUGUGACAAGUGGUGGUGUAAAUGGAGAGCCAGAUUUGUUUUUGUCAUGUAACAAGUGGUGGUGUAAAUGGAGAGCCAGAUUUGUUUUUGUCAGGUGACAAGUGGUGGCGUAAAUGGACAUUAUAACGUGUAUGAUCCAGUAAGCCUGGCUUUGUUCAACAAUAAUGAAACAUACUUUGUGAUGGAUUUUUCUUGAUUAUAAUAAUUAUUAUUUUUGAACAUAAUGACAAGGGCUGUUGUAUCUUUUAGGCACAAUAACAAUCGCCACCAGGGGAGAAAUGGUGCAGGUGGAGGAGCACCGCGAAACAACCGAAUGCUGGCCAUCAAUGCACGGAAUAAUCACCGCCAGCAAAACAUCAACAACAACGACCAGGAGGUAAGGAGCCUUUAUUUGAAUGAAGACGGUGUCAAUGAUAAGCUGCAGCAAGUUUGUUUUGGUAGUCCAGUGUUAAACUUUCAAUCUGGAACAGACCAAAUCUUUAAGUUUUCACAGUUCAACACAAAGUGUGCACAAAGUACUACAGGAAACCAAUGGGAAAAUAAACUGACCGGACUGUGCUAAUAUGACACAUAUCUUCUAGUUCAGAUUAAUUAAAAAUUUGCUGGAUUGUGUUGACCACUAACUUUUUAGUUUUUAAAAGCAAAAUUUGGUUUUAAGAUCACCAUUUUUACAUUGUUCCAGGUGCGGUAUUUGUGCUUCAAAUGUGGUGACUACCUGCAAAAUUCUCCUGAGUCUGGUGUGCACCUCUGUGAUGCUGGUGGUCAAAAUAAUGAAAAUCGCCUAAAUCAACACCAACAUCAGAACAAUGGGGGAGGGAAUGAGUUGCAUCACUAUCACAAUGAAGACCUGCAGGCCAGGCUCAGUAAGUGUGUGUUUAGAAACUGCUUGAAAUCAAAAACAUCAUCUUCAGUGAUUGGAGAGUAGCAUGGGUUACUUGUACAUUCUGAAAGGGUUUCACGGUGGCUUGUUGAGAAACACACUUUACCUUUGUGCCAGUAUUUAGUUUGCUAUAGAGUUGAUAAAAUAUCAAUUUUGUGUGUGGCUAAAAUGACACUUAGAUUUGUAAAAUUUAGUUUGGGUACUAAUUUCUGCAAUUGUUUGAUUUCAACGGUACAUGGAACUAUUUUUUUUUUUUUUUUUUUUUGAAUGUCAAAAAGAUUAUAUUAAUCAUUAAAUAAUUGGUCACUACCAGAGCCUUUUUCAAAUACCUUUUGCGAGUAUGUUUCUUACGUUCAUCCCUAUAAUUUUUUGUUUUUUUUGUUUUUAAUGGUACAUGGAUUUUUUUUUUUUUUUUUUUUUUUUUUGAAUGUCAAAAAGAUUAUAUUAAUCAUUAAAUAAUUGGUCACUACCAGAGCCUUCUUCAAAUACCUUUUGCGAGUAUGUUUCUUACGUUCAUCCCUAUAACAUUCCAUACUUUGAACUGUUCAUUGUCAUGAGCCAAUUUUGAUUGAUUUUUCAGAAGCUUUUCUGGAGGAGGCGAAGGUGGCGGUCAGCUCAGAUGUUAAACUGUCCCAGGAGGAUGUCCACAAAGUGUGUUUAGAAAGGGCAGAAAAGUUCCUGUCUCUUUACAGCCAGGUAAGAACAGAACAAACACAGUGGAACUACUAACUUACUAUUAUUCCUACUCUCUGGAGUAUGGGGAUGAAUAACUUAGCACUUUGGAUGAUUUGGGCUACGUGAACAGCAGAUUUUUAACAUUGCUAAAGGCUGAAGAUUUAAUGAUUAAAGAAAAGUUUCAAAAUCCGCUGAUUACUAUUUGUGGCACUUUUGAGUAGCAUCCCUUUCAAAGUUUAAACAAAGAUCACAGAUGUGGAACAUAAGUCAUGCUUUUUUUAGUUCUAUCAAUUUCUAAGUUAUUUAGAAAUCCAAUAAAGUUAGAUCUAAAUGAAAAUAUAAUAUAUCAUUAAAAUGUUCAGUACUUGCCAAGACAGGGCGGUUAUCCACAGAAGUUGAUAGAAACAGUGGAUUGGAUCUGUUUGUGAUCAGUGGGAUAGCUAGCAUUUGUGAUCCUGAACAUCUAGUUGAGCUUGACAUGUUUUUGUAUAAUGACCUGUAAUGACUACUUCUGUGAUGAAACUUCUGUAAUGACUGAUUCCCACAGCUCCAGAGUGAACAAGCAUCUUUGCAGCAACAGCAAGAGUCACUGGAGGCCCAAAAGAAAGAGCUUGAGCAGCGGGAUAGAGAGCUAGCAGCGUUACAAACACGCCUAGAAGAGGACCGCAGCAAAUUGGUUAGAGAUUGUAAAAAGGAAAGGGAGGAAAUCGCUCGGAAGUGGCAAGAGUUGAAAGAUGAAAUUUCUCGAAUGGAGGAAAUGCACACAAUGCAAAAGGUUUUUAAUCUUUUUUAAAAAUCUGGGACAAAAAGGCAUACCAUAUAUCUGCUCUAUCCAUCAUAGUUAUCCAUUUUGUCAUGUUCUUGUCUUAUGGAGCAGCUUUCUUGUUAAGCCAUUCAACUAUAGAAAUGUGUCAAUCUCAUAAUUGGUCUAUAAAGAGAGCUAAAAGCUGAGUAGGAUUGGAAUUUUCUUAAAAAACAAUAUAGGAGAGUUUUUGUCCACAAGAAAGAAAUGUAAAUAUUUGUUAAAAAAUGAAUUAAAUAGUUGUGUUCAUAUCUGGUAUAUUGGCAUUUCUCUACAAAUGCCAAUGGUACAAUUGUCAAAAGCCUGACCAUGUUCCAGUGGUUAAGAGUCUGUUGUCAGUUUUAUGCAAGUUGCUGAACUGAUAUGGAAUUAAAAAAUGUCAGGCCCAUUAGGUUAAAAUGUAGUUAUUAAGCUUUAAAAAUAAGUAGAAGAAACUGUUGAACCUAAUGUUAAAAAGUCUUCAUUGGCAAAGCGGUGGUGGGAAAUAUUUCAUUGUCAUCGUUCACCUUAAUAACACAAAAGCAAUUUGUUUCUUGUAAAAUUUGGUUUGCCUCAUGCAAGCAAUGUUCAAUGGUAAUAAAAUGUAUAUAGCCCAAUAAAAGUUAAUGUUCUUUGAUCCCCAGGGUCGUAUACGCCUCGAUGUGGGUGGCAGUGUCUUCACUACAUCACGUUUGACUCUGACACGGGAUGCCGACUCCAUGUUGGCGGCCAUGUUCAGCGGCAGACACCAUGUAACACAGGAAGCUGAUGGCACAGUGUUCAUUGAUCGUGACGGCACACAUUUCAGGUUUGACUUUGUUAUAAAUUCCUCACAAUAGUAGAUUUGAGGAAAAGAUUAACAGUAGCCAAAUUCAGCAGGCUGGCUUUUAGCGCCCGGUCUUUUCUACAGUUAACAGGAUCAUCAAUAAAGUUGUUAGCAAAUCUCUCAGAGAUCUUUGACUUCCCUACUCUUCCUCUUAAACAAAAGUUGGAAAUAGUUUACAUAAAGCACACUGCCGGCACACAAGUAUUAUGAAAAGAAAUGGUGUAUUUGACCCAAAAUAGUCAUUUAAGAAAUAUAUGAUAAAAAUUGUCUGUGUCCUACACUUCGUUGUUUUGAUGUCCACAGGCAUAAUUUGGGUAAUUAACUCGGCAUAAUUUGGGUAAUUAACUCGGCAUAAUUCACAAAGGGGAAAUCAAAGCACCUCAUUUCUUUAAUGUGUUCUUGCAUCUAGACUAGGACAAACCCUUGAGUAACACAUUUGCGAGUGUGUGGGAAAGCUAAAUUAAUAUAAAUACUUUUCAAGAAAUAAUUGAACUCUGUAAGAAAAAAAAAAAUUAUAAAGGAAAGCUUAGGCAACGGUUUGUCAGUCAUGGGUCAAGCAUGCUGAUUGUCAGGCAUUCAAAUGUCCACACUUGUUCCUCCCACCUGUGGCAAAAAUAGGCUCACCAUGGAUUCUAACCAAAGCUAAAAAAAUAUCCUAAAGUCAGUUAUACUUUUUAAAAAAAUGAAACAGUUUUGUAAUUCACUCAACAAAAAAAAUUAUGGCAUAUUCCCCUCGACUUUAUAGUUAUAGUUAUAGUUAACUGACUAUUUUAGUCUUAUGUAUGUUUCCUGCCUCUACAGAUUUACAUUUUUAGGCAUUCUGAAACACCUUUGUUUAUACAGGUACAUCUUGAAUUAUCUACGAGAUGGGGGAGUUAAUCAAGAUGGCUUACCUCGUGAUCGCCAGGUGCUCAAGGAACUCAGGAAUGAGGCAGUCUAUUUCCAGCUCAAUGGACUGGUCCAAACCAUUGAAAAAUACUUGUAGAAGUAGCCCCCAAGAGUUGAAGUGUUGUUUGUCUAGAAGGGAAAAGCUCGCCUCGUGUUAGCCACAGUUGUUGUCAGCAUCUGCCGAGUCGGUUCCAGGCACUGAUUCAUUUUGUACUUGAUGUAUCAAUAUUUGAGCACUGUGCUUCACUAAUAUGAUCCAGUUGGUUUGCUAGUGUGCUGAUGGACUUGCCUACUUCUAUGAUUCUAACUUUGAUCUCCUUGUUGUCUUGGUCCUAAGAAUAGCUCUUGUAUGCAAUGUUGUUUUUUUUUUUACAAGCGUUUCGUAACAUCACCAUAGGUUGUAAUUUUUUCGAAUUGAUAAUUCUUACUAUAUAUUUUAGUUUUAAAAUGGCAGCAGGAUUCUGACUGCUAUUUAGUUUUAAUAAGUUUCAUACUUUUAAAGAAACGUGCAAAUGCCAUGAGGCUCACAAAGAACAAAAACAAUAAAGAGACGUGUGUAGUAUGUAACCAACACAAUACCUAAUGAUUUGAUUACAACAAAAGUUGGCAGUCACAUGAAUGUUAGUACACACCAAAAAUGAUCAAGACCUUUUAUUCCAGUUUCCAUCAAAUUUGUAACAUGAAUAUUUAAUAUAAGGUGUCUUGAGAAACAUCUGUAAAAUGAGGAAAUCCCCGCUCAAGUUAUUGUGCAAACCAUGACAACAUGGGUGUGUCUGUAAACAGACUGUGGUCCUCCAAUAUAUCUGACUUAACCAGAUGAUUCCUUUAGAAAUUUGAUUUGAAAAAAAAAGACUUUUUAUAUUUAAAAAAAUUUUCUCUGCCUUUUCGCAGUUUUGUUAGAUAAUGUUUUACUCACUAAGUUCUUAAAUUUUACAAAAUGGCUUUCCUAGUGAUGUUUUUACUUGUGAUUUAAUGAGCAUUUCUUAAAUGUGUUUAAUAUUCUUGGUGUUCCAAUAUAUCUUAUAGUCUCUUUUGUUUCAAGUCAUACAAUAUUGUUUGGGCUCUUGAUUUUAUCCACUGGUUUGGGACAUCAUGUUUUAAUAUUUAUCAAGUUUCUUACAAUCUUAAAUAUCCUCAAUCUCACAGGAGUUUUUUAACAGAGGUACAAUUAACAAGUUUUAAUUUUUCAUUUCUUUCAAACUGAAUGGAAUAUUAUUUUUAAAUAGCAAUAUAUAUAUAUUUUUAGAGCCAUUUUCAGGUCACCUUCAUUAAGAAACAAAAUUGUCAGAUGUUUUAACAUGGCUGUUUGGGUAGAGACAGCUGAUAAGAUGCUGCUAGGCUCUGCUAUUUUAACUUUGAUUAGUUUGAAAUGCACACACUCGCCACACACCCUAUUGCAGCUGUUUGAGAAUGUUGUAAAUCCUUUCCUAAACCAUAAAUGCUCUCCGUGUUUGACCCAUGAAGCAGGGAAGGUAAAAAGCAAAUAACUUCAAAUCUCUAGUUAGUGUAAAAUGUAUUUAAAAAUAAAUAACGCCCAGUACACGUUUGUCCUUGUGCACUUUUAUCAUGACUCCUAACGUUCACGAAAUAGACUCAACCAGAUUUUUGAAGUGUAGACCAAAGUCUGUGCAGAUGUUGCAUGCAGACAAAUGUGGUGAUGGUGGUGUAUGUCCAAAUAAAGUAGCUCAUUAGUUUCUUCUCUUCUGUACACGUGAUGACUUUGGUCAGGGAUCAUUAAAUCUUCAUUUUGUUAUUCUCUUCUUUAAUCCUUACAGCAUGGAAUUUUUAAAUGAGCCUUGCAUGGCCUUGUGUCAAGUUUUUCUGCCUUCAACUUGCAGAGAGACUUCACAUGACUGCUGUCACCUUUGCUUCUAGAAAUGUAAAACAUUUUCUUUCAUUUUGUAUUAAUUGCAAUGAUUGAUUUAAUUCCUUUUAAGACAAAGUGAAUAUCGUCUAAUAUUUUUUUUGUUCUUGUUGUCAAGUAGAUGCCUUAAAUUAGAAGCUUGCUUCAACUAAUGAUAUUUAUUUAUUCCACAAUUUGAGCGUCACCUUGUUAAACCAAUUCAAGACAUUUAUAACUAUGUAUAAUGACUUGCAAGAUAUUUCAUUUGUCUAGUUGCCUUGUACAGUUGUGUGCGAGUUCGACCGGCAGUUUUACUCCUGUGAAGAUCUAGUGUGCCGUACUCUAUAUAACAUUGAUCACUGUACCCUCCUGUAUUUUGUUCUCUGGUUAAAUUCCCAGAGGAGCACAUUUCAAGUCUUGUCUACCAUUUGCUUGCUGUUAGCUAGAGUGCUUUUGGUGAGGUUUUUUUUUUUCCGUAUUUAGCUGUGAUACGUUUUUUUUUCUUUCAUCUCAAUUAUAGGCCAUGAUCUUUUUUGUUAAACUAUUUUAUUUGGUAUUGUUUACAUGAACAAAUUAUUCCUUGAUCAUCCCCCCCUUCCCUCCCUUACCCUCUCUCUCCCACCUCCACAGUGUUUUCACUUUAAUGCAAAGUGUAAUUUGAUAACAGUUAUUUGGCCUUCAACAGAAUUGAGAUUUUCAAUAGAAACAUUUGGAAGGUUAAUUUGUGGUUUUUUAAACAGCCUAAAUUCAACACAGUGUCAUUUAUCAAGAGGCUUCUGCCAAUGUGAUUAUCAUCAUGCCUAUCUUAAUAAUCUGGGCAUUCAAUUAAUAAUCUGGGCAUUCAAUUUAUUGUAAGAUCCAUUCCCAUUUCUGUAAAAUUCUGCUCAAGGCAGUUCAUUUGAUAAUUUUUUAAUGAUCACCAACUAUUGGCAGAAUUUUGUGUGUAUCUCUAGUACCGGUACCUUUCCAAAUGUCUCAAUUCUUCAAGCACCAUUUAACAGUAAACUAUUUUUAUAUCCAGUUAU